AUGGCCUCAUUUCGCUCACAGACCGGCUACAAUUGGCUUCACCGAUGGCUUCUCGAUUUGGCUUGUUGCCGAAAACGCUCACAAUCAGUGAUUCUCCCCACGCAUGUCUCGGGAAAGACUCUUGAAUUGCAAAAGAGGCUAUUCACAAUCAUACUCGCGCAGAUAAUCGUUGUUUUUGUGACACUCGGUGCGCCGAUGCUUAACCUUUUAAUCUUCAUCUUUUUGAAAGUCUUUCAAAUCAAUGACUCGUGGUAUCAAAAAUCGCCUGUGGUAGCAGCGGUAAACGCUCUGUCACCCCUGCUCGGCUCCUAUCACUCACUGCUCAACUCGAUGAUCGUGAUCUGGGUGACAAAGCCGUAUCGAUAUCAUCUCCUCAACAUGUUGGGCAUCAUGAAGACCCUCCCGAAACGCCCGUUCCACACCAACAUGACCUCUCGAAUUGGAAUGAAAAAGGUCACUGGCUUG